AUGUGCGACUUUGAGGAGUUCGUCUUCACCUGCGGCUGCUCGGAGCAGCGCCUCCAGUCCUACUGCCACGUCGCGCGGAACAACCCCCAGCACCGCUGCCGCAACGUCCGCAAGUUGCGCAACGUCUGGGACCAGAACGUCGAGUGCGAGCAGCACAUGAGGGAACGAUACAAUCAGUGGAGAUGGGCACAGCAGCAGCACCAUCAGCAGCAGCAGCAGCAGCAACAGCAACAGCAACAGAAUCGUGGCAAGAGACAAAACUGA